CUUAUGCCACGUCGCCAGCCAUCUUGAAAGCCGUAUUGAUGCCAGAAAACGACACAUUUAUCUAGUCUUUAAACGCUUUACAUUUCGAAAUGAAAGCGUCUUCACUCCUCGUAGUCUUAUCUGUAGUCUUAUUGAAUUAUUUUGCCCUAGUUAGCACUCUUUCGUUCACUUUACCACCCGGUCAAGAGAAGUGUCUGAGAGAAGAAGUUCAUAAAGAUGUUUUAGUCACUGGUGAAUACAGAUUAUCAGAAGCUCCCCAUCAGAAAACGCACUUAACGGUAACUGAUUCUACCGGGCAUGUCUUGUACAAGAAAGAAGAAGCAACCAAGGGGAAAUUUGCUUUCACAACUGAUGACUAUGACAUGUACAAAGUCUGUGUAGAGAGUGAAGGUAAUCAGUGGUAAAAAUAAGUUACAAUGCUGA